AUGAAGUCGAUAGUAGCACUCGGUGCCUUCGUUGGCGCCGCUGUUGCUCAAAACUGCGCUGCAGUGGCCAUCACGGCGAUUCCGGCUUGUGCCCAAAGCUGUUUCUUGAGCGGUGCGCCGUCAAUUGGGUGCGGCGGCACAGACUUCGCCUGUCAGUGCGACAAAGAAGCUGCUUUAUACGCUGCUGUCGAAGGAUGCGUGUCAUCAGGGUGUCCAGAACCAAGUUUCCAAGCCGUGAUCGAUGGUGCUUCAUCGGUCUGUGCCUGCGCCUCGGGCAUCGUUGUUGCCACCACCACGGACACCAAGGGCGCCGUUACGACAGCAACAUCAACGCCUUCGACGGCAGUCGGCAGCACGGUCAUCAGUUAUACCACCUCUGCCACCGGUACUACUGUAGCCCCAACCGCAACUACUGGCAGCACGGGGGCUACCUACAACACCUCCCCAACAACUUCGGCACCAACCGGCGGCGCCUCCACCUCCCGAACGGCGGUGACUUCUGUCUCCACCGCCGGUGCAGUCCCAACAUAUAGGGCUGCUCUCGGACUUGUUGGAGGAGUUGCCGCCGCAGCCAUGUUGAUGUAA